UGUUUUAGUCUGGAUAUCAAUCAAUACUUUCUAUUUUAAUGCGGAAUUUUAUUGAUGAUUGAUGAAUGUAUUAUCGUACACAUUAUGAGUCUCCAUCCUAAAAGUGAAAAACUGUUAUAAAAAACAUAACAUGACAGGCAUAAAAUAAUACAGCAAUUCAGAAAGAUGUCCAUAAAUACAAUAUUUUUGGAUUUGUCAGUUGAUCCCACAGAUAUUGUGGAAAAGCUUACAAUAAUAUCAACUAUCAAGGAAGCUUUAUCGAAUUUUAUUCCUGGGAUGAAGGAUGUCCAUUCUACUAACUUUGAGGAUGGAGGAUUUUUGUUGGUGCUGACAGCCUCGCGAGACAGCUUUAUCACUGUCCGAGGUUUCCCUCAAGGUCUGGUGUCCAUCAACAUAGAAUACUUCCAAGAGGAGGGUACAGAACAAUUGCUGACCUAUGAGGCUGUAAAACAACUUGAAACUGUAUUAACAAAUGUCACUGGUAGUAAGAAGAGUCACAAAUUCCCUGCUAUACAAAGAGGAAGCAAGAUUGAUAGAUACUUUGUUACUUCAGAUGGAAGAAUUAUAGAAAUGGAUAUUGACGCUGUAAUUUUUAAUGAGCAAUCCCCAUAUCAGAGAGUUCAAGUCCUGCACAGCAAGACUAUGGGCAAUCUCCUGGUUUUAGAUGAGUUACAAAACCUGUCAGAGCGAGAUCUGAUCUACACAGAGACUCUGAUGCAGAGAGGGAAAGAGGAUUACUUGGACAAGGAGAUUGUCAUCCUCGGGGGAGGAGAUGGAGCUUUGCUGUAUGAGUUACUCAAAGAGAGACCUAAGUUUGUUACCAUGCUUGAGCUGGAUGAAGUCGUGAUGAGGGCUUGUAGAGAGCAUCUACGGAGUUGCUGUGGUAACUGUUUGGACAAACUGGAAGACAUUAAUUACAAGAUUGUUAUUGGUGACUGUGUUAAAUCAUUGGACACAAUGAUUGCGGAAGGCAAGACAGUGGACUACGUUUUCGGAGACCUGACUGAUAUUCCUGUGUCAACUUCACCUCAGGGAGAAGUGUGGGAUUUCAUCCGGCUCAUUCUCAACAAAGCCAUGCAAGUCCUCAAACCUACCGGAAAGUAUAUGACCCACGGAAAUGGAGCUGGAAGUCAAACAUCAUUGGCCAUGUAUGAAAAUCAACUAAGAAACUUGAAAAUUCCAGUAGAAUUUACAAAAGACAAAGCAUUUAUUCCAUCAUUCCUGGAAGAUUGGGUGUUCUACCAAGUGUCACCAAUGAAGCUCAAAUAGUUUAAACCACAUAGUUACUUUAGUUGUUAGCCUUAAGCGACCAAUGUCAUAUGUAAUAUUUGCUAUUCAUACGUAGUUGGUAUUACCCAAUUUUUAGUCUAAGAUAAAAUUUGAAUCUGAAUAUAAUUUUUUGGAAUUAAAUUAGGCGGCUCUCUUCCAAUAGUGAUCUUGGCCAAUAUCCUAUGAAAUCAAAAAAUGUAGUUGUAACUAAAAGGAUAUACCAAAUACCUUUGCUUGUUAUUUUGCAUUAAUUUUUGAUCAGGGUUAUCUAUACUGAUAGCUUAUAGUUUAAGCCAGUCCAUGCACUCAACCAUGGACAGAAGGUGUGACUCAGAAGGUUGUCACACAUUUCAGUGUCUGAACUAAAAGGAGUCUGGAAAAUUUCCUCAACCAGUCAAGCUGAGGUUCGGGGCACUCUCCCAGAACAUGUUUAAAUGCAAAUAAUGUUAAAAAUUGCAAGUUUGACAGCCCUUUGAAAGUAUAUUUCUCUUAUUUUAUGCUCAACAAAAAUAGUUAUAGAUUAAGUAAAAUUUAACCUUUUGGAGAUCGCCUGAUAACAAAAUGUUUCAUAGGGAUUUGCUGAGACUCGGAAAAUAGCUGUAUCUCAAGAAUUACAAGUCACACACUUUACUUUUUCCUUGAAUUUAUAGAUUAUAAAAUGGGCUACCAGAAUACAUGACUAUGUUUUUUAUUACUUAAAUAGUAUAUCUUUUUUUAUUUUAUUGACAUCAAUGAUCUUACUAUGAAAUUAUCAUACUAUGGGUUGCGCAAUGUACCUCUCUCAUUUCUAAAAUCCUAUCUAAGCAACAAAAAGCCAAAGGUUUAUAACAAUGGUAACUGGUCUCAGGAAGUAAAAGUCACGUAUGGCAUCCCUCAGAGAUCCAUAUUAGGUCCUUUGUUAUUUUUGGUCUGUAUUAAUGACUUGCCGUCGUCAGUUUCUGCCACAACAGUCUUAUACGCAGAUGACUCAACAUUUUUAAAUGCAGAAAAUAGCAUGGAAGAAGUGAACGUGCUAACACAAAGUACUUUAUUAGAAGCUUCAAACUGGUUUAAAAACAAUGGUUUCCAUCUAAAUGUAUCUAAAAAACUAAAAUAUCUUAUCGGUUAAAACUGAGAAAAUCUGUAAACUCUCAAAGCAACCUAUCUAAUUACGCUAAAUUCUUGGGAAUCUUUAUUGACAGAAAUUUAAAUUGGGAUGCCCAUAUUAAUUACCUAUCUUUCAACUAAGUUGUCUAGAGUAAUUUUAUUUAUCUUCUCAGACGGCUUACAUUCAAAUGUGUUAAUACAGAUUAUGUAAGAGCAGCUUAUUUUGCUAUUUUUCAAUCCGUUAUAAGAUAUGGACUUGUAGUUUGGAGCAAUGCAAGUAAAAUUAAUAAAUUUAUUUUCCUUCAAAAAAUUCUAUAAAAGUAAUUACUAAUUCACAGCCACUUGAACAUUAUAAACCUCUUUUUACUAUUUGUAAAAUUCAGAUAGUAAUAAACCUGCAUCUCUUUGAUCUUAUGAAAUAUAGUUUUCAAAAUCCUCAAUUAGUAAAGCCUAGCAGUAUAAAAACAUUCCCACAAUAUCAGGAAUAAAAAUGCUGCACCUAUCAAUUUUAAUAGAUUGAGAAAACCUCUUGAAAGCCAUUCUGUUAUUGCACUGAGGGUAUACAGCCAUUUGUUACCCUUAGUCCUAAAGUACAAUAUAUAUAUAUAUAUAUAUAUAUAUAUAUAUAUAUAUAUAUAUAUAUAUAUAUAUAUAUUUUAAUAAAUAUUACUUAUGGCUGUUAGAUAACCCAUUUUAUGCACUGGAAGAGUUCUUCCGGUUAAAAAACGUUUAAUUUGAAUUCCCCAAUGCAUCUAGCUGUAUUUGUGUAUUGCAGCAUAUGUUUGUGUACUAUAAGAUAUAGAUAAUAUAAGAUUUAUAACUGACGGCUAUAUUUGUAAUGAAAGCUGUAAUGAGACUUUGUCAAUGAUCUUUUUUUAUGGCAAUAAAAAAUGUUGAUUGAUGGGUGAUA